GGUGUGGGGGGCAGCCCAGAGCAGAGCGGGGCUGUCCAGGGGAAGGGAGCGCGCGUCCGAGGAGCCGAAGCCGGGGAUGAGGCUGCUCAGCUGCUCGGCGGCUCCCAUGGGGACGAGGAGACUUUGAGGGAGUUGGGCGCUUGGCUGGAGCGCGGCGAGCCCGGACCCGGCGAUUCCUACCCUCGCCUUGUCAUUGAUGGGAAAUCAACUGGAUCGCAUCACCCACCUGAAUUACAGCGAGCUGCCGACCGGGGACCCCUCGGGGAUCGAGAAGGACGAGCUGCGGGUCGGGGUGGCUUACUUCUUCUCGGAUGAGGAGGAGGACCUGGACGAGCGAGGCCAGCCGGACAAGUACAGCGUGAAGGGCUCCAGCAGCCCUAGCCAGGACACUCCCACCCACCACCACCACCAUCACCAGCUGGUGCUGAACGAGACCCAGUUCUCUGCCUUCCGCGGCCAGGAAUGCAUCUUCUCCAAAGUCAGCAGCGGCCCCCAGGCUGGGGACCUGCGCGUCUUCUCGGUCUCGGCCCUGCCUGCCCUCUGCAAGCCGGGAGACCUGCUGGAGCUGCUCUACCUGGGGCCAUCCGACCACCCGCCCCCGCCCCCGCACUGGGCAGUCUAUGUGGGCAGCGGGCAGAUCAUCCACCUGCACCAGGGCCAGAUCCGCCAGGACAGCUUGUACGAGGCGGGCGCUGGCAACGUGGGCCGGGUGGUGAAUAGCUGGUACCGCUACCGCCCCCUGGUGGCAGAGCUGGUGGUGCAGAACGCCUGCGGGCACCUGGGUUUAAAAAGCGACGAGAUCUGCUGGACUAACUCGGAGAGCUUCGCCGCCUGGUGCCGGUUCGGGAAAAGGGAGUUCAAAGCCGGGGGGGAGCUGCAGGCUGCUGCCGGCACCCAGCACCAGCAGCAAUACUAUCUCAAGAUCCAUAUGGCUGAGAAUAAGGUGCACACGGUGCGGUUCCACAGCCUGGAGGAUCUAAUAAGGGAGAAGCGCCGGAUCGAUGCCAGUGGCAAACUGAGAGUGAUCAAAGACCUGGCUAUAAAAACCAGCAUUCUUCUUACACCAUUUGGUUUGGCUUUUAAUAACAUUUAA